GAGCCCGCGGCGCAAGCCGAGCCGGCCCGACGGGAGGCGCCGGGCCAGGGAGCCGCGCGGCCCUUGCAGCCGCCGCGGCUCGGACCAUGGAGGCAGGAGCUGGAGGGGCAGGUGGCGGAGGGGCAGGGUCCGACACGAAAGGGGGCGGCAGCCCCGUCACCCCCGAGGACCCCCGGAGCCCCGCGAAGCCCGCCGCCCCCGAGGAUCCCCAGAUGCCCGUGCAGCCCGCGCUCCCGCAGCUCCCGCGCCGCCCGCGGACCCUGGACGAGGACGGGGCGCCCAGCCAGGACGGGGCCUCGGGGGGCAGUGACCCCGCCCUAGAGGACGCCCCGGCCCAGGCGGCGGGCGAGGCCGGGCCGGUUUCCAAGGCGGUGGCCGGCGGCGCCCCACACAUCGGCUUCGUUGGGGAGCCCCCGCCCUACGCGCCGCCGGACCCCAAGGCCGCGCCGCUGCUGUACCCGCCCUUCCCGCAGGUGCCCGUGGUCCUGCAGCCCGCGCCGUCUGCACUCUUCCCGCCGCCCGCCCAGCUCUACCCGGCCGCGCCCACGCCGCCCGCGCUCUUCUCGCCGCCCGCCGGGGCCGCCUUCCCCUUCCCCGUGUACAAUGGCCCGAUGGCUGGCGUGCCAGGCCCUGCCACGGUUGAGCACAGGCCCCUGCCAAAGGACUACAUGAUGGAGUCAGUGCUGGUGACCCUCUUCUGCUGUCUGCUCACCGGCCUCAUCGCCAUCGUCUACUCCCACGAGACCCGUGCAGCCGUGGGCAGGGGUGAUCUGGCCCAGGCCGAGGAGGCCUCGCGGAAGGCCCGCUCGCUGGUGCUCUUCAGCCUGCUCUUCGGGGUCUUCGUGUGUACCAGCUGGGUCAUCUACGUGGUGGUGGCACUCUACCUUCCCUGAGGCUGUGGCUCCUGCGGGGAUGCCGGAUGCCGGGAUAUCCAGGGAUAACUGGCUGGGACCCUUUCUUUGGACUCAGAUCCCUGCCGGUGACCAGCUCUUGCCUGCAGAGGGAAUCUGGGGGCCAGAAGAGGGCAGGCUUGGCAACACUCAACUGCCUUGUGGCUGGGCCUCAGCUUCCUCAGCCUCCACAGGUGACCCACUGGAGCCUCAGUCAGUGUCCUAAUCCAAGGUGUCUCCAGAGCCCAGCUGGGUCCCAGCCGUGGGACAGGAGCCCACCAGACGCCCGUUUCCUAGGUGCCUCCUCUCAAGGCCAUCCUGGGACUCCUCUUGCCUUCAUCUGUGCUCUUGGGAGGCCAUCGUAGGGACCAAAGCCUUCACUGUCUUCAGAGCCAUCUGGAAGGACACUGCAACCUCUGUCCCCCGCCCAACCUCCAGCCCAGCUUAGGUGAUCAGGAUGCCAGUAUUACCUUUCCCUGCGGGAGACUGGAGCCUGGUGACUUCUGGCUGGUUGUUCCCCUAUCCCUUCCCCAUCCCAGGAGACAGGGUCCUUCAUGCUGACUCUACAUCCAGAAACCAGGGCCACUGUGUCUGGUCAAUCAACAGAAGUGACACCCCAUGCAGAGCUUCACACUGCUACUUUGGGGACACUUCCUGGCUCUCUUCCAGGGCCAACGGCAACAUCUGUCCACAGCUGGGCUCCAGCGCACCCUACCCACCCCUCUCUGAGAUACUGUUGGCAUAGAGGUAGUGCUGGCAAGAACUACCCAAUGACAGAGGAUCAGCUGGGUCCUCAUUUGACGAGGACCACCCUGACUGGGGAGCACUUGCACCAAGAUCCCUCGGCCAGCCUGUAGAACUGUACCUAUGACUCUGGCAUCAGAUUCCUGGCACCCCAGUCCCAUUAGCUGUGGUCCCAAGAAUGAACCUGCAUUUUAACAAGAUUCAAAACCAUUGCAGAGACCAGGCGAGAUGGCUCGCACCUGUAAUCCCAGCA